AUGCAUUACGAAUUUGCUUUCUAUCAGGUGCGUCCAUCCAGCACGCCGUCCGUGUCAGAACCUUUUGAAAUUGCUAGCUAUAGUAUGGCCGAAGAUUGCUCCUUUCAUUUGGAUGAUCGUCAACUCAGGUACUACUAUCCUCCUUUACCCCAUAGCGAUUUAAACAGUGGGUAUCCUGACAAAUAUCAUCCACCGAAAGCAGGCGCACAUCCCAUUUCCAAGGUAAAAGAUGUUUUAGAUAAAAAGCAUGUUGAUCAGAAAGCAGAGCUGAUAACAUGGAGAGGUCUCAUCACUAAAAUCAUGUGUGCACCACUCUACCCCAAAAGCCAGUGGGAGUUGAAGCUACGGAUGGAUGCCGAGAGCGGUACAAUAUUCAUGGAAGAAGGGGAAUCAUCUGAGACAACUUACGAAAAUCAAGACAGGAUGUGCUACUGGGGCUAUAAAUUUGAGGUUAUAUCUACACUACCCACCAUAUGGGAUGCGUGUUCUCGAUCCGACAUUGAGGAAAGAGACAAUCAGCCUGUAAUUCCAGACGAACAAUACUGUUCCAUUGUGAAGUACCACAUAGGUCGUACUAGGUUAAUCCUUGCUGGAGAAGUCGAUUGUGUCUGGGACUCAAAGCCGGGCGUGACACCGGAUUCCGACGUGGAUAGUAAAGUAAACGAUGAUUCAUUGAAAUCACAAACAGAAGGACAACAGGAAGAAAAUCUUCCUGCAUCCAAGCGAAGAAAAAUGGACGAUGACAACGAUUCUACUGACCCAUCACCAACUGUCGAAAAUCCUUCUCCGCACUACUGCGAACUAAAAACCUCCAAAAAGCAGCCGCUCGAGCAUGUAGGCAUGCGUAGGAAACUCCUAAAAUUUUGGGCCCAAAGCUACCUCUUAGGAAUUGGCACAAUCGUUAUUGGGUUCCGAAACGACGAUGGCGUUCUUGUAGAAAUUAAAGAGCUGCCUACGCGCCAAAUUCCAAACCUUCUACGCCCAUAUGCCAAACCACAAGAUUGGACAGCGAAUCGUCUUUUGGUCGUUCUUGAACAAGAACUUGACUGGUUGAAAAAGUGUGUGCAAAAACAUCCUCCAAAUACUAAAUUCACCCUACAGUACUCAGCAAACGGAAAGUUAAUUUUACGUGUCCAUUCUUGA